AUGUUGUUUAACCGAGCCUCUCGAAACCUGUUCAAUGGCGCCUUCCGCCGCUUCAAGUCCACUUCUUCGGCUGGUGGGGAAGCUUCUGGAGAAGCCGCUCAGGCAUCUGUUUUCGCAGCUUCUGCCGUGGCAACCACAUUUGCCACUUAUAUGACGGCAGAUUUCUUGUCCAACUUUUUGCAGCAUCCAACCCAAAAGAUGGACUAUGGAUACUUUAACCAAUUCAUUGGCCGCCCCGUGGAUCAGAACUGGUGGGGAACGCGCACACAGCACAUUGUCGGCGUCGCUGGUUGCUUGGCCAUUACCGACCACACCUCUCAACAUUUCUUUGGAAAGUACUUGGGACGCCCCCUAUGCUUUGCCAAGUCCCCUGCCACAUUUGUCGCCCACACCUUUUUGUUCAUCUUUGGUGGUGUUGCCAUGUACUGUGCUGGAGAUGCCGCCUUGAACCCCCAACACGAAGGACACCGAGAACAAGAAUUGAAGAGUGGCCUUUAUUCUACCUACAUUGGAACGUGCACUGCCUGGUUUGAGCCAUAUGUGGCCCCUGCUCUGGGAACUGUUGCAGGAAGUGCCAUUGCCGGAUCUUGGGCUGGAUCAGCCUUGUUGCCUGCCACUCUGGCUUACACCACCGUCAAGGGUGUUGGUUGGUAUGACUGGGGCAACAGUGGUUUGAAUGACCACGAAAUGAAGCUUAACGGUUUGACCAAGGAAGAGUAA